AUGGCAGUGACAGAUCUACUGGUCAUUAUCACCGCUGUGGUAUUAAACAGAAUUCCUGGCAUUUAUUUUCCAGGCAGUUUCCUUUCCAUCACUCUGAUAUGUAGUAUCAGUAUUGCAUUAAUUUAUGCAGCCAGAGUCAGUUCUGUUUGGUUGACAGUCACUUUCACCUUCGAUAGAUUUGUGGCAAUUUGUUGCCAGAAGCUGAAAACAAAAUAUUGCACUGAGAAAACAGCGGCAGUGGUCGUAGGAUUGGUCUGUGCCCUGGGAUGUGUGGCUAACAUCCCAUGGUAUUUUAUACAUGAACCCAUCUACAAAAUAGACAACGUGUCUUGGUACUGCAGGCUGAAAAAUAUUCGUUAUACUUCUCCUGCCUGGACAGCUUUUGAUUGGAUUGAUCAUCUUUUAACGCCAUGCCUCCCGUUCCUUCUGAUUAUUUUGCUUAAUGUGCUGACUGUAAGACACAUUUUAGUAGCCAGUAGAGCCCGUAGAAGGCUCCAGGUUCAUAACAACAAAGAGACUCAUCAUGAUCCAGAAAUGGAAAGCCGGAGAAAGUCCAUUGUCUUACUCUUCACCAUCUCAGGCAGUUUCAUCCUUUUGUGGUUGACAUAUGUCAUACAGUUCUUAUAUGAGCGACUUACAAAUGAUUAUAAAGUCCAAGGUUUCAGUGACCCCAAAUUUAUUCUCAUAGAAAGUGCAAAUAUGCUUCAGCUGUUCAGUUGCUGCACAAAUACAUUUAUUUAUGCAGUUACUCAAAGUAAAUUCAGGGAUCAGUUAAAGACUUUGGUGCAAUAUCCCAUGCAUUCAAUAUGGAAAUUUGUAAAGCCAUUACAAGAAUAA